AUGGCUCCUCUGCCACCUCAGAAUUUCCCUCCUAUAAAGGGCGUUUCUUGUUUUUGUCAUGACAUUUCUAAAGAAGGGAAAGUUGAUCAGGAUGGUGCUCAAAUACCAUUACCCGACGGUGCAAUCACGGCUUGUCAAUAUGGUCCCUAUGUAUGUGCAGCAGAUCAUCAUCAAUAUAAGGUGAUUAAUUUGCAAGAGAAACGUAUGAUACCUCUUAUGGAUUAUGCGGAUGCUGGCGUUGAUUAUCCUUAUUCUGUUGCGUUGCUUCGCAAUAAUACUAUUGAAAUUCACAAUAUUAUUGAUCAACAACUCGUUCAACGUGUUCCUUUAUCAUCAAAGACCAAAACGCUAUCCACUGGCCCUGGAAUUAAAGUACGAGUUGCUGGUUUGAUGGAUAGAUUAAAAUCGGUGAAUGUCCUUUCUAAACUUAAUAAUGACGUACAAUCUUCUCAAUCCGGAGAAGACAUAAGAAAUGGACUAUCCAACUCUUUCUCUGCUGUUCCCACGAGACUUAUAAUGGCUGGUAGUGAGUGUAUCAUGGCUUUGGUGACAACCCCUUUAGUCAUUCAGCACCAUGAAUUCAAAUAUAUCUAUCAAAAAUCUGGAUUUGUCUAUCUUGGAGAAACAUAUUUUGACCUAGCUUUCGGGUUGUUUGAAAAAGGAAAAGCUGAUCCGCGAAUAUUGAUUCGUUUAUUUAGUGAUUUAAAAGAUAUAAUUUGUGAAGAUGAUCCAAUUUAUCUUUAUUCUGGCAUUAUGUCCAUUUAUGACCGUUUGGGUAGCAUUGAUAAUAUAGUUUCAAAUGGUCUUGUAAAGAAUUAUGAUCCACACACGAUGCCGGAUCUUGAUAAUAAUCCUGGUGCCCAAGUACUUCGUAAAGCUCUUUUUUCAACAUCAAAAGAAAUGCUACAAAAGUUUUUGAUGAAAGAUCGGGAACAACGUAAAGUACCGGGGCGGGCUUUAUCAAAGGAAGAUAAAAUUAUUUUACGGGCUGUAGAUAAUGCACUUCUUCGGUUAUAUGCAGAAUGUAAUUCUGAUGAUUCUGAUGAUUUAUUAAAAAGCCUAUUAGAGAGCGAGAAUGAAUGCACUUUAGCUCUUUGCGAACAACCUCUAAUUGACGCUAAAAAAAUAUAUUAUUUGGCCCUUCUUUAUAAAGAGAAAAAGGAAUACGCUAAAGCUUUGGAAAUUUGGCAUAGCAUUAUUGAGCAAGAAAAUCCUGAAAAUGAUUUACCAGAAGGUUUACAUCAAAUAGUAGACUUACUUGGAAAAUGUGAUAAUCCAGAGUUGUUGUGGAAAUAUGCAAAAUGGGUAAUCCAAAAAGAUGAAAUUAUGGGCGCAAAGGCUCGGGCUAAACUUAUAAUGUUUCUUCAAUCGUCAACAAAAUAUAACGCGGAAGAAAUUUUAGUAAAACUGGAAGAGGUCGAGAUAUUGAAAGCGGAACUUGCUGUUAUUUAUGGAAAGUUAGGUCAUCAUGAAGAUGCUUUGUAUAUCUUAAUUCGUGAUUUGAAAGAUUAUCGUGGUGCCGAAAUUUAUUGCCUUAGUGUGGGUCGUAUAAUUGGCAUAGUUCGCAAAACUACUAAAAAACAAGUUGAAAAGAAAAUUUCUGAAGAGAAAACCCUCGUUUCAAAUAGAAAAUGUCUGUUUUUGAUGUUACUUAAAGUUUAUCUUAACAUAGACAAAGGGUAA